GACGCCUGAGCUCCACCUCCAGCAACAGCUCCUGUGGCAGCUCGGAGUACUCUGGGGAGGUCAUCCCCCACCCCCCGGGGCUGCCCAAGUCUGACCCUGGCCACUGGUGGGCCAGCUUCUUCUUUGGGAAGCCCACUCACCCGGCCAUGACCACCGUGUCCGAGUCCCCGGAGGG